AUGGUUUUCCAAUCACAUAAUAACAUAUUUUCUAUCUUUAUUUUGCUUUCCUUCUUGGCAAAUGCCUCUGCUCAACUAUCUCCAGAUUUCUAUGCAACAACAUGUCCCAAAGCUCUCUCUAUCAUAAACUCUGCAGUGUGUAGCGCUGUUGCGAAAGAGCAUCGCAUGGGCGCUUCGUUACUCCGUCUUCAUUUUCACGAUUGCUUUGUCAAUGGAUGUGAUGCAUCAGUCCUGUUGGAUGACACUUCGAGCUUCACCGGUGAGAAGUCGGCGGGCGCAAACGUGAAUUCGCUGAGAGGUUUUGAUGUGAUUGACAACAUUAAAACACAGUUGGAGACUGCUUGUCCUGGAAUUGUUUCUUGUGCAGAUAUUGUUGCUGCUUCUGCUCGCGAUUCUGUCGUAGCAUUGGGUGGUCCAACAUGGAGUGUUGGGUUAGGCAGAAGAGAUUCAACAACUGCUAGUAAAGAUACUGCCACUAGUGAUAUUCCAUCCCCUCUAAUGGAUCUCAGUGCCCUCAUAACUGCUUUUUCAAAUAAGGGAUUUACCACCAAAGAGAUGGUAGUUCUUUCAGGUGCACAUACAACUGGACAAGCCAGGUGUCAGUUAUUCAGAGGCCGAAUUUACAACGAAACAAUCAUUGACUCAAAUUUUGCAACCUCAGUGCAAUCAAACUGUCCAAGCACAGGUGGUGAUAGCAACCUAACUCCACUAGAUGUCACAACCAAUGUGUUAUUUGACAACGCUUAUUUCAAGAAUCUAGUUAACAAAAAAGGACUUUUACAUUCUGAUCAACAACUCUUCAGUGGUGGCUCUACUGACUCUCAAGUCACUACCUAUAGCACAAGCUUCUCAUCUUUCUAUACAGAUUUUGCUACUGCUAUGGUGAAAAUGGGAAAUCUCAGCCCUUUAACUGGAAAUAACGGUCAGAUUCGUACGAAUUGCCGCCAAGUUAACUAA